AUGGAAGAAGAAGAAGUAGGUCAUCAGCAAAAUGAUCAGCAUCGGGUGUGCGACUACUGUGAAACCUCGGUGGCUCUUGUCUACUGCAAAGCAGACUCCGCCAAGCUGUGUCUGGCCUGCGACAAGCAAGUCCACGUCACCAACCAGCUCUUCUCAAAACACUUCAGGUCACUCCUCUGCGACUCCUGCGAUGACUCUCCCUCCUCCGUUUUCUGCGACAAGGAAAGGUCUUUGCUGUGCCAGAACUGCGACUGGCAACACCACUCUUCCUCUUCCUCUCUUCACACCCGCAGGCCCUUCGAAGGCUUUUCCGGCUGUCCCUCUGUCACCGAGUUGAUGGCGCUCGUGGGCCUCCAUGACCUCACUCACAAACCUCUCUCUCCUAAUUAUUCCCAGGAUCUCUUGCUUUGGGAGACCCCUGAAAUCCUCAACGAUCUGACUGCUUCAGGUCACAAUCUCCGGGCCACGGAUGUUCCUCCUCUGCCUAAGAAUCGUCACGCCACGUGCGGUAAACACAAGGAGGAGAUGAUAAGACAGCUCCGAGAACUAGCGAGAACCGAGUCGAGCUGUCUGAAAUAUAAAACCGUAGAUGGAGAUGCUGAUCUUGACGCCGGAUUCCAGUUCCUGUCACCGGAAAAAGAUGAUGAUUUGUUUUCUACAUGCCUUGAGGUGAGUGGACUGAAAUGGUUCGAGGAUCAAGAGGACUUCACAGCAUACUCUUCUCUGCAAAAUAACUUGUUUGAGUCAGAUCAUAACGAGAACCGGAGAGGCGGCCCUCAUGCGCAAGAGCAAGAGCAAGAGUCAUCGGUGAUGGUUCCGGUUUGCACGGCUACAAGAUCAAUGUUGUCGACGCUGCCUUGCCAUGAGAUGAGCACUCUUGACAGAAACUCUGCUCUCUCUCGCUACAAAGAGAAGAAGAAAUCGAGAAGGUACGAGAAGCACAUCAGAUAUGAAUCACGCAAGGUUCGUGCAGAAACCAGGACAAGAAUCCGGGGACGUUUUGCUAAGUCAGACCAUCCUUGA